AUGCUGCUGGCUGUCGAGCUGCUUCGACAGUACAGUGAUGUUAGAGGUGGCCUUGUAUUUUACGACGACACAGACGAUGUACCAGACCAUGUUACGUUUGCGUACAAUUAUAUUCCAACAAUCCUGGGGCUGUCGUUGAUGACCCUCUGGUCUUUUACGGUCUACGAUGUCUUCCGUUUAGAACCCUACUUUCAGUUAUCAAAACAACAGAUCUUUCCUGCGGACGUGCUUUCCGCUAACUAUAUCUUUGGGCCUUUCAUAUCAGCGCCUUUCUCCUCGGCGAGAAGAAAACAUUGGGUGGUGCUGGGGGUGUCUAUCAUAAAUAUUCUCGUACAGCUACUGCUGCCCUCUACACUGAGCGCUUUUCUGGACUUGGAUAGCGUCCCGAUAUCUUCUCCCGCCACAUUGAGAAGCUGGCCGGGACUGGUGGCAGUUGGAGAGCAAGCCGAAUGGAUAUCUUCGCAACGGAACAUGAGUCUAUAUUCUCUUACAAGGGGGGAUCCUGGAGAAACACCAUCGCGUCUCUCACACUUUGCCAUCCCACCAGUUGAACUCCCCUCGGAUGAUGCACUCGCCACGGCUCUAUGGAAACUUAAUCAUACAGUGUACUGGGCCGACCUUACAUGCUCCGAUUUGCCACUCAGCAACUCACCCACGGCGAAUGUCACUGUGAGCGUUGAGGAGACCUCUGCUGAUCAUUCUAAUUACUCUACUCUAACCUGUGCGCUUCGUGACCUGCGUCUGGCAUCACUUCCGGACCCUUCCCAGAACUGCACUUUAAAUGCGAACUACAGUGGUAUCUUCGACCUGACAGCUACUCCGGUACAGGUCCGACGCUGGGAGCUUGACACAAUCCCAUGUGCCCCGCUUGAUGUAUAUGGCUUUCUCCUCGACAUUGAGGCAACGAAUUCCGGUCAGUUAGUCGGACAGACAGGAAGCCACUCGGCAUCAGCUUUAAUGACACCCAAGGCUCAGUUCUUCUCAUGUGGCAUGCGGUAUUAUACGGCGAAGGCGGAAGUUUCCAUGCAGGCCAAUGGCUCAGUAGUCGCAAUUAUUGUUGACAAAGACUCUAUAUCUGCGCUUGAUAGUUCGCACCUGGAUAUAGCUGGAUUUAAAACAUAUCUCAAAAGUGGCAUGUGCUACGGGAAAUGCACAGAGGGCUAUAGGCCCUUGUGCUCUACCUCUGCGCGGUACUCACCGGUGCCCAUCUCCGGGGACGAGUUCAUGUCUAAAAUCCGUACUGAUAUCAAGCUUGGCUUUGCGCGUUUACUGAGCCGCCUCUUCAACACAAAUGCAGAGUAUACUCCUAUUCAAGGCGUCGGCACAACUGACCAAGUGGCUGUCCUGGUCAUUACCUCCCCUGCAAUUGCGUCAGAGAUAAUCCUUCUCCUUGGGGGAGUCACAUGUGUCUUCCUUGCUGUUUUCUACCGGUCGCGCGAGAACAUACUCAAGGGUGACCCGGGAUCGAUCGCUGCCAUGUGCAGCAUCGUGGCGGACCUAUUCAACCCAGUUGGUGUUCAGGCGCUUGCCCAGUGUACUGACCAAUCCACUGCACGACAACUUAAUCGCAAGCUGCGUGGCUGGCAAUGCUACUGGUAUCAAGAGCCACCAGGUCGAAAACUGGGAUUUCUUCCCGGAGAAGCCCCUCCCAGAACACUACGUGAGAAAGUUCUAUUAAACAAACCAGCGAGUAGGAAAGCACCACGCCCAGACCCCAGGCUUCAUUUCUUAUCAAAACCCAUAUUUGUCGCUGAGCUUCUAGGCUUGUUAGCGGUUAUCUGUUUCAUGGCAGUAUUGUUCAUCAUGUGUUCAAAAGAUCACCGACUGCGACGCCUUUCAGAUACUGCUUCAGAUCGAUUAUCUAUUGCUUUGAACAUUGUACCGUCUCUGAUGGCAUCUAUGAUGCGAGCUUUGUUCAAUUCAAUUUACUUGCACCUGGGCAUACUGGAGCCAUGGAUUCAUCUCCAAAAAGGCCGAGUGGACGCGAAGAAUUCCUUGCUGCUAAAUCUGUCCUCCCAAAGUCCAAUUACCGUGUUUUUCCGGUCUAUACGCUCCCGGUCCUUCGUGCUCAGCCUGGUCUCACUGUGCUGCAUUAUCAACACCGGUCUUCCAGCUGUUCUGGGCGCGCUGUUUACCCAAAGCCGCACGGCAGCAACCUGGCCUACCCAAGCUGUGGAAUUACGUUACGAUCGUUCCACCAUUCUCAAUUCCAGUACCAUCCCCGCCCUCUUCCAAUACGGUCCUAUCCAGUCAACCCUAUUAAAUUCGGUGUCGUUGCUUCCGUGGACUUCGCCGGAUUACUCAUUUGUUCCAUUCUCAGUCCAUACGGAGAACAUGGAGAAUACGUACCAAGCUGUGACGCUGGGUAUUGGGGCUGACUUGAACUGUCAUCAUGUCCCACUUAUCCAAGACCUUUCGAAGGAUGAGUAUGAUGAGGAUUCGAGUAUCCCCAACCUGACUGCUAGAGAUACCGAGCAUGUGGAGGGUGCACCACCCGUCAUGCGUGAUAAUUCAAGCGAACCAUAUUCCGUCCAGCUACUAGCACCAAGUGGAGCGACCGAUAAUGGCACGCUGACUGUUCUUUUAACCCUUCCCUCGAGCCCGAACACAAACCUAUAUUCGUCACUCGCGUUGCAAUGCCAUUCGAUUCCAAGAUUACAGAAUUUCACAAUUGGAUUUGACCCCAGUGGGAUACUGCAGUAUUACUACCCAAUCGGCAGCCCAUUCACGAGCGGGCAACUAGUGGACAAUGUAACAUCGAACGUGGCAAACUACCAUCAGCACUUUAUCGCCUCGAUCCAGGACACCUCGGGAAAGGGUGCCGUUGAUGAGCCCAAGUUAUUCCCGUCCUACUGGCCCGGUUCCCUAAUCAAGCUGGUCUACGAAAAUGAGAACCCCGAGCUGACAACCAUCGACCCCGACCGUCUCGCCGAUGCAACGCAACAAGUCUACCAAUGGCUCUUUGCAGCAUAUUUCACCCUUCAGAAAGAUAUGUACCUUAAACCCCUGCCAAAACCGAUAACGGACAGCGAUGCCCAAAUUCUACGAACCACAUGGGCCGUCGCCCGGUCCCUUUCAUCCUUCAUCGUCGCCCUGAUCAUGGUAUCGUCCAUGGCCAUUGCACUCGUCCUCGUGUUCAUCACACGAUACGGCAAGUUCAAGGGGCCCCGAGUGCCGCAGUCACUUGGCUCAGUGCUUGUGUGGCUUGCCGACAGCCCCAUUCUCCCUAGUUUCUACGGUACCUAUGACUGGACCAGUGCCGCUCGUCGGGAUUAUCUGAUCGGCCUCGAUAAAAGAUAUGUUUUCCGGAAGGUCACCACAUCAACCGGGGAGCAGAAGUGGGUCAUCGAAGAGGAUCAGGCUGAGAAGGCUGGGUGA